AUGAGUAACACCGUAACACCAUCCACUUUUGUCCGCAAACUGAGUCCUGGAUUAUAUAGACAGCUGGCUGAUUUUCUUGAUCCGCAAGAUGGAUGGAAAACUAUAGCAAUGGAUAUAAAAAAAGCUUCAGGUGAACCCCGAUACUCACAGUUCCAUAUAAGGCGAUUUGAGGGAAGCAUUCAAAAAGGAAAAAGUCCAACACAAGAAUUGCUUUAUGACUGGGGGACCACAAAUUGCACCGUGCGUGACCUUACUGACCUGUUGAGGAAGAAAAAUUUCUUGACUGCGGCUUCAGUUUUACUGAAUGAUCAGGAGACAAGUGCUGGCUGCCCAACAAUCCCUAUAGAUGAUUUGGAGAAAAAGCAGGCCACAUCCGAAAACUGUAGCCAAACAAAUCAUGGAAACCUUGUUUGUCAAAGCACAGAUCCAGAGGAGAAUGAUGAACAAACAGGGUUUGGGGUUUUUUCCUUCAAUGAACUAAAGAGAAUUACAAGAAAUUUUGAUGAUCGUCCACUUUCUGAUGGAGGGAAUAAAAUUGGAGAGGGGGGUUUUGGAGUCGUUUUCCAA